GAGGGAGUGGUUUGGGAUUGGGCCUACAUGUGCUGUAUGAUGUAAAUCUCGUCAAUUCGCUUUUAACGGUAGUGCCUCUCAGCCACCGUAGUGUCGUGUCGUGUAGUGUUGUGUACUGUCCGCCGUCGCAGCAAGACCCUUCUCGGUUUUAUCCAGUUCUAUGUAAUCACAAUAUUAGUAACCUCGCACAUUUCCUCCCGCGGUACCUCAGGGCUACGUUUGAGUGGUGUUUUCCUGACAUUCUUGAACAAUGUCUCACUCUCAGUGGUCGCAAAAGAUAGUCCAGCUGCUCCGCCGAAUGAAUAACUUUUAUUCACCAGGCUCCUGUCGUGCUAGCUGCUUUCGGUUUGAGAUAAAUGGAGCUCAGGUUGGCUGGAUUCCUCCUCAGAUCGCCCCGCUGUUGAGCCGGUUUCCGGAUGUGUUCAGUUCGCCAGACGAGGGCGCUGUGUCCCUGCGACCCAGCCUGGACUCCCCCGGGAGGAGGACUGAGGCUGUGGACGCUGUCCUGCGGACCCUGAGACAAGAGGGCACCUUCAGCUGCCUCAAGGGAUGGAGAGACGAGAAAUACAAUGUGAUGUCACAAUUCUCUGAGGCUCCUCUAAUGUUGAUGGAGAGAUCAGCUACAAGCCUGUUUGGUGUGAAGAGGAGUGGAGUCCACAUCAAUGGCUACACGGUCAGUGACGGGGGGGAAGUCAGCAUGUGGCUGGCACGUCGCUCCCCUACUAAGCAGACGUACCCUGGACUGCUGGACCAUGUGGCAGCAGGUGGUCUGGCUGCUGGGCUUGACAUCAAACAAACUGUGGUCAAAGAAUGUGAGGAGGAAGCAUGUUUCCCAGCAGCCAUUGCCGAGAAGGCUCGUCCUGUUAGUACAGUAAGCUACACCUAUGAGGAUGAAGACGGUUAUAUCCAAGAGCGUCAGUUUGUCUUUGAUUUAGAACUUCCUGUGGGGUUCCAAGCCUAAGUAGGGGAUGGAGAGGUGCAAGAGUUCUACCUCCUGCCCAUGGAGAAGGUGAAGGAGCUCAUAGCCACGGAUGACUUCAAACCCAACUGUGCCAUGGUGGUCUUGGACUUCCUCAUUAGACACUCGUUCAUUGAUCCAGACACAGAGACAUGCUAUCAGGAAUUUGGGGCAGGACUCCAUCAGACAAUGGAGUGAAGCUGAGGACUGAGGCAGAGAUACAUUACCAUGGUGAUAACAACAACGUCUCCUCUGUGGUUUGUACGGAUCAUACACCCUCUCUUCAUCCGCCUGAGGGUCCUCCAUCAACUCUUCCAGUAGGAGGGCCAGGGGCCUCGUUCAUAAACGUUGCGUACGCUCAAAACAUGGCCUACGAAAAUGUUCUAAGCAAUGUUUGCGAUUUAUGAAAAGCAAACUUGACGGGAAAAUGUGCGGUCCUCCACAGACACUUUAACCCAUGUCUACGCACAAAAACGGGAGAGAUGAGAAACUGCGACACCAUUGGCAGAAGGAAGAAUGGAGAAAAACAUGUAUAAUAAUACCAUAAAUCUAAAUAUUACCUCCCAUGUAUGAAGAGUUAAUUAGCAAAAAUGGAUAAGAGACAAGUGCACACAAAAACAUAAUUUUGAGAAAUAAAUGAAUGCUGAUAUGUUAUAUGUAAAAAACCACCCCUUGAAUAUGUUCUUUAAUUAUUACAGGCUAUAAUGCUUGCAUGGCAUACAAUGUAUUCUGUUAAGUUAUGUGCUAGACAGAAUUACGCUUAAACUGACGCUGAUUUCUAUUGGCUAUAUAGACACGAGUGCAUGGUUUUAGAUAUUAUAUACAGUAAUAAUUAUUUUUAAUGUGUUUAAAUUGUUAAGCAUUUUAGAACUUUGUUUCUAAACGGUCUUUUACAAAUACAGACUUGAUGCGUUGCUCGUAAAAACACAGGAGGUAUGGAAACGUAGAACACCAUGUAUUUGGUCAUUUGUACAGCUGACACACACAAUACAUUUGUUUUAUUUCCUUUCACUGGUGGAUAGAUUUGCUGCUGGAGGGUUGAGACGCACAGGCUGCAGUGGAGACACUUCUCACCGUUGAUUGACAGCCGGAACACAAACCACAAAAUAAAUAUCAUUUUUUUUGUAAA